AUGGCGACACCAAAGGACGACAAGAUCAAGAGAUCUUCGACGGAUAUAGCAUCUACCAAUGCGCCUAUAACAAAGCGUCAUUGUAUACAAGAUUCUACAUCUCCUUCUUGUCCAAUUGGUCGUAUCUUUGAUGUUGAAAUGUUAGUACGAGGGCUUCUUGUCAUGUUAGACAUGACGUCGUUGGCGAGUUUUCUUGAAGUUUUAGUACUAGAUGAGACGUGGCAAGCUAUUUUGACUCAUGAGACACUAUGGAAAGAGCUUCUGAUGACGCAUUUUGCUGGAAGCUUACCGCCUAAUGAGCAGCUAAACGAUGAUGAGAAUGAGGAAGAUGGGGAUGGAGAAGAAGAAGACGAUGAUGAUGAUAUUGAAAGCGAUGAAGAAGAGCUACAGGAAGAAGAAGAAAAUCCAGAUAAUGAACGUGAUCUUUUCGAAAUGUUAGAAGGUGAUAUGGACGUGGAAGAGAAUGAUUCGUUACUGGAAGAAGAUGUAGAAAAUGGAGAUGGUGAUGAUGAUGAUAAUGGAGAUGGAACGGUUGUUCCUCCUCCUCAUUCUCGAACAGGAAAUAGUAGUACUACUGCACCAGCACAAGUGCAAGAAAUGAACACUGAAAACACGAAUGAGAUUGUGCAGAUAACACCUGUGACGUGGCUUGCCGAUAUACCAAGUCAGAAAUUGUUGGAUGCAGCUUGCCCCGAUCUUAAGGAUUUCUUACGAUCUGCAGAGCAAUUGGUCCAGUUUAAUGCACUUGUGCAGAUAAUAAGAGGAGAUAUUGGAGAUAUAGAGAUGGUUGGGAAACAAAAAUUGGAUGGAUUGGCUUUUCCAACAGCAGCAUUUAUGAGAAAUCCUCAUUCUGGUGUCGCGUCAGUGAUUUUCCGGCGAGCAGGAGAAGGUCUAAAUGAGCAUGUUCGAACACUAAACGUCCGGCUUGAUGUUGGACAGGUGUAUGUUACGCCAGGCUUCGAUGCAGGUGUCGCUAAGCUCAUUCACUGUGUUGGUCCGAGUGGAUUCAAUCCGCACUGUUUGAGAGAUCUACAGCAAACGUACCGAAGUGUGUUACGCUGCAUUCAGACCGAAAAUCUAAGCUGUGUGGCUAUGGCGUCCAUUUCUACAGGGAACAUGGGCAUGCCAGUUGAUAAAGCGGCGUGGUUUGGACUGUGUGCCAUUCAACGCUACAUGCGUUCCACAGACUGGAAGGCAAGAAUUGCAAUCGUAUGCUUUGAAGCAGACGUGUAUGCUGCAUUUGCACAAAGCAAAGCCAAGAUACUGGCUCAAUUUAAUGCGGAAAAUGUGCGUGCUACUCCUCCACUUCGGAAUCGAUAA